GCUUUCAUUGGUAAUGCCGAUGACAUUGGGCUGUUACAGUGUGAUUGAAAGUGGAAUGCAACCACGUGUUUGGUUGCAAGGAAUUUAUUUUACGUCGAAGGGGGCCUACAGGGUCAUGACGGUAGUUGUACUUUAACGUUCCUCCGCGAGCACGCCUUAAUUCGGCUGAACCUACACAUAUAAUAAGUCCAAGUUAAUGAGUCUAUGCGAUUAUAUACGCAGUCUGUACGGCAUUAACGACAGUGAGGUAUUUGCCUGCAUCUCCGAAGUUUCUCGAGGUGCAUCGAGCAAGCGUUUCGAAGUCGGCGUGAGCACUUAGUGCUAUUAGAUAUGCAAAUGAGCUAACACCUGCGCCAGUGUUAAUACGCAUGCUCAUCAAAUCACCUGAAACCACUGCACACACAGCCAUUUUGAAAAUAAUUAGCAAAACAAUGUGUGGUUCUCGAGCGCGCUCGCAUGGAACACACACUGCGUUUGUUGGCAACGCGACGUAAUUUAGUUUAGGAGCCGAUGUGGCAAAUCUCGGUCUCCUCUGCGCUAUUCAGACGGGAGGAGAACUAGAAAUCGGCGUGAAGGUUCUGUUCCUGUCCAACCGGCCCAGGCUUUUUGGAGGCGCUUCCUGGACCUUGAAGGGCCUGAAGUGUCAUUCGGCAUUUCCAGAGCAGCGGGGACGGUUGACACUGGUACAUGACGCAAACAGCCUGCAUGUUUUGUGCACAGUUGUCUCCUCAAGUGUGCAAACCACCUUGUAACAAGCAGUCAAGUCAGGACAUUUCUCACUGAGAAGAUCAACUCCAUUGUGCAAGUUACCGUACAUCUUUUGUGUAAGUCUUCUACUGUCUACAAUUGACUCGGCAUUGGAGAGCAGUAAAAUAAAAGGUGAAACAAAAUUGACAUUGCAAGCGCAUGAGUUGUUCACAAAUGGCUCCAAGGUUUUUCCCAACAAAGCCCAAAGAUAAAGAGCUAGAUUGUUAACAUUUUGUCUGGCACAAUCUCUUCAUCAAGCUUCCUUCACUGAUUGCUUUAAUGACACCUGAGAAAACAUUGUUGCCACAGAUUUGUAGAGGAUUUUUCUUUUUAAGUUUUGACCUCUUUGUAUAAUUCCAAUUUUUACCCUGUGUAUAUAUCACAGAGUUUUUCCAACAUGUUAACUAGCAUGUAAGGUCAUGGCGAGCCCGAAUAAAGUGUACACUAUCGCACCAUUUGUUAUGCCAGAUGCAUUAAACCCAUUGUGAGCUUCCUGUCUCCUACCUACAUCCAGCUAAUUUAUAACUUCAGAAAUGACUUAUUUAUACUUAUGGUCCUAAUGCAAUUUUCUUCAGCUCUAAACUGUGUCAUAAGAGGCACCCCUGUCCAAAUCGUACCCUGCAAUUCUAUGCCACUUUUUUUUAAUAAUUCCAAAUAAAAAUGGGAGCUUAUCUCCUCCAGUCAUUUGUUGCCAUGGCAAUGCCCUUAGAAUCCCCUUUCCUGGUGGCAGUUGAGGCAAAUUAAUGAGAAGUGGGUAAAUGAGCAGAGAUUGUUGGCCAAAGCCCAGCAAAUGCCACGCUGGACCAAUAUCCCGCAGUGUACUGUCACGUGGCUGCCGAACGUUCGCAUUCAUCAGGUUAAGUGAUUUUGUGGGCAGUCUCAUUGGACCAUUGCCAUUGUAACAAGUUGGUGAGGCCCCUACUCCCAGUUCUCUAACUCUCUUCUUUCCUGUGCUUGAAAAGGUCCUCCCUUCUAAAAAAAAAGAUUAAAGAAGCCAAGUGCAAUGGGAGGUGAACAUCCAACAAAGUACUAGAUAAAUGAACUGGAGCAUCGUAGUGUUAUCCUUAGUGUUAUCCUAUUUGGCAAGGGUAAGCUAGAUUUUUUUUUAGGGGGGCAGGGAAUCGAGAUUAAUUCAGCAAUGAAAUUGUACCUUGCUUACUGUGCCUCACAACAUUGUAAACACAAUUUAAUCUUUGUUUCCUUAUUUUUGUUUUGUCUGCACUGUAUCCUGAUUUCAUGGCCCUUCAAUUGCCAUGCUACAAAUUGUCAAGAAAUUGUUUAAAAAGAAGAAAAAUCCUGUGACAUUUGUUGCACCAGAUGCUACCUCUGCUGCCCAAGGAAUUGUGUUGGAAAUGAAAUACAAAUAGUGAAAUUUGGAACUGUGCCUUGCACCACAUCCAGGAGACAAGAAAAGGGUGAAACCUAAACCUGCAGGUUCAAAUCAAUACAAAUUUUCAAAUGUUAAUGUUUCAGCGUAACGGGAGAGGGGGAAAAACAGCAUCAGCUUUUGAAAUCAAUACUGAUUAGAGAUCCACAAAUUAGAGAGUUUGGCUAUUGGGGAGGGGUAUGGGAAGGUAUGACCAAUUAUCCAUCACUUCAGAGAAUUGCAACAGCUUUAAUUAAUAUUACAGCACUCCAGAUGGGCAAGCGGCAGUCUGUGUUUGUGCCAUUUUUAAAGAUUUCAGAUAACAUCUGGAGAGAUGAAAUGAACAAAAUAAACAAAUUUACCUCAGAAUUUAAUGGGUGCUGUAUGAGCAUGUAGAGACAAACGCUUCCCUAAUUUUCUGUUCCCAGUUUUGUCAAGUAAACUUUUUUUGUUGCAUCGUUCACACGUUAAGUGAAAUCAGGUGUUUCAGAAAGUAAAACUGUGUCUUUUUCUUUAUUUUUGGAGAGCAGAUUUUGGAGCAGAUUUAAAUUUUCUUGCAUUUUGUAGCUUCAGUCAUCAUAACUCAGUCAGUUGAGGCUUCUAAACAGUGUUUGCCUUUCAAAAAUGUGGUCAAGACAAAACACCAAAUCAGGCAUUUAUGAUUAGGCCCUAAUUUAGAAACUGCUUUCACUUGAUGUAUUAUGCCAUACAUUUCUUUCAUAGAACCCCUCCAAAAAGGAGCAGUCACCAAACUGUUGUCCUCAGCUGAACCCACCUCUAGCUAGACCUAUUUUCCCUGAACCCUUUUUCCUCCUGUUGGAACAUUGUCUCAUCCAUUAUGCAUACUGUCCUACCCAAAUAUGAAUGAAAAUCUCACGUGUCAGUUAACCAAAAAGUCCUUUGCUGAAUGCAAUUACCAUUGAUUUCACUCUUUCAGAACAGGCCAGGUUUCUGACUGAAAUAAGGGUGAAAUUGUUCCCCUUUUCUAUUCCUGUGUGGACAAUUUUAGGUUGAUUUUGUUUUGACAGUGUCGGUAUUUCCAUGCGUCCUUCAAGGGGGAGGUGGUGGAGAAGUGAAUGUAAUGGUAUCUACACUUCCACGAUUUCCUCAAGAGUCAAACUCUAUCAUUCAUGUGAUUUGUCAAAUUUGUGGAUUGGAUAUUUUGUCUCAAAAAGAUCAAGGGGGAGGGGGGAUGCUUAAGCACAAGAUGGAAAAUGCAGUGACAAGGCAUAAAACCUUUGAAGCUAAGCACUUAAUUUUAUCAACAGGUUCUCUAGUUUUUCUCUCAGUUCAAUCAUUUGAUGUUCACAACUUCUUAAUUAAUGUCAGUUCUGGGUAACUGAACCACAUUCAACAGAACAUCAUGUAAACUAUACAUGUGGGGUUUAUUGAGACAAAAGAGCCCCACCGUAUCUCUGUAACCCCAUCACAGCCAGUCUUUCCAUUCAACUUCUCAGCAUCUCUUAAAAAUUGAAACUCUACAUCCUGUUUAGUUUUUACGAAUCAAUUGUUCAUUCCACAUUCCACCAUGCUGAUAAAGCACCUUUCCUGGAAACCUUGCUCUCUGCGGCCAACAGAGGGCAGAAUGUAGGCCCACCAUUGACUCCACUCUCAUGAAUUUCCACCAUGCUGCCACACUGAGUGUCCCCCAUGCAAGCCCACAAUUUCUUUACGCACACAUUUUCCCCUUUUUUCCUCUCUUGUGGCUCUCCCUAUUGUUACCAUGGUAGCACUUGACCCACGUUGGCAAUGUUUGCCGACCCUUUUGUCUCGUCUAUCCUCUUAGCCUUUUAGAUGAAAACUAUUGUAAUCGUGCAUACAGCACUUGGGCUUUCUUUUCUCAUUGAGAGUUUGCCAUGCUUGAACGGGUUCCAAUUUUCAUGCAGACCGAGCUAGUUUUGUACUGGAGUAAAUUGUUUGAAGCCCUUUCUUGUUUUUUUUUCUUUUGUGAUGGUGGGGGGGGUGUUUCAGCCAAACCUUUUGUCUUGACCCAGUUUUGACAUCACUCACAUCACUUACUCAUUCAGCCAUUUUUUUUGGCAUUGUACAUGUAAAUUAGCGUGUGUGUAGUGCGUGGGUGUGUGCAAAGUCUCGGUUUGCUAGGGGAUAGGCAAAUUAAAGCGUAGUAGUUUCAGCCAGCAAAGAGUAGGAAGUUUUAAUCAUGUUUCAACUGUUGGUGCAACAGUGCCCCGUGUCCUGCCAAAUCCUUUUGGGGAAGUGUUAGUUUCUGGUGUAAUUUUUCCUCUAACAUGCCAUAAAUUUGCCCCUAGGUAUUUGGACUUUCUAUGUCAUCACUUAUCACCUCUCAACAUCAGUAAAGCUAUUUUUGUUCUGCAGGCACUCGCUUGCCAAAUUAGUCUUGAAGAACAAAAGUACAUUAAAAUUUUCACCAGUUAGUUGGGCGAUGAGGAAAACUGCGUCCAUAUCAGUUGUAAUUUCAGUAUCUCUUGAAUGAUUUUUGUCUGUGGUAUGUAAAUUGAUCACACUUGGCAGAAGGCGUUCUGUGAAAUGUGAUAUAUAUUUCCACUACCUGUCUAUUAAAACCAGAAACCAGGAUAGACUUGAUGCCUGCAGUUUAUUGUUUUGUUUUUCAAGGAUCAUGAAAAAAAGCAGAGUCAUAAAGCUAUAGCAAGUUAUAUGGAAUUUGCUUAGGACCCGACACACCCAACACACUCCAAGCAGUUCAGCAUCCAUCCUAAUUGCUAAUGUGCUCAGGGCUUGUGCUGCACAACUGCAAUAAAUCAUGCCAAGUUAGUCUUGACAAGCAAUAUCAAAAUGAUUCCCCAUGACACCAAAGAAAAGCCUCUCUACUUUAUUGUUUGCUUUCCCGCCCUCAUCUUUGCUCCUGAAAAGUUUCCCAAGCCCUCUCUGGACUGACCCCCCUCCAGGCUUCCAGCAUGUCUAGCCCUCCUUCCCACUUCUCCCUUUUGCCUUGAUAACCAGGUAAUAUGGGUGAUUGAAUGCUGCUCAAGGUUUCAACACUGAUCAAGACCCCCAGAAAAAAAGGUUGUAGUACCCCAAAGGGCUUUAAUUGCAUUUGCAUAUGUUGAUUGGGGCCAGGCAGAGACACACACAGGCACUUGCAGGCAGGCCCUGGCCGGCUUGAAUAAAGCCUUUCUGCUCUGUUCACUCAGCAAUUUUGGGGACCCCAUUCACAUGCAAACAAGGUUGGCUUUUCAGUGUUGUGUGCUAGCUGUACACCCUUUUUUGUUUGAUGACCCCAUAGGAAAUUCUUUAUGGCUUACAAGUGCCAUUAAUUCUACCUAUGUUAGUGUGUGGCACAGAAUUCCAGUGGAGGGGAGCCCAACCCGGACCUUUUGGCAAAGUGUGCUCAGGGAUUAAAGAAGGAGCAUUCUGAUGCAUGAGGUGGUUGGAGAGUCAUUUAGGAAAGUACAGUAGGGGAAAGAGGCAGACGAGACGAGGAAGGGGGCCAAGUUAUUUAGUUGAGGGUGCCGUGGUUCCUUCUUCACAGGGUGUUGCUCUGAACGCCCAGGAUUAAAUUUGUUACACUACCUAGACAACGGUAUUGGCCCACAAGCUACCUAGGACGAAUUUAACCAUGACAGAUUUAUGCUGACAAAGGACUGAUAUCCCUGUGUGUUUGCAAUCAACCCUAGAAAAAUAACAAUGGAAAGGAAUAAGGUGUAAAGAUAUCUUGGAUCCUGUGUACGCAUCCAACCCUGAUGCAUCAUGACGGCUGUGGAGCAGAACUCAAUGGGCGACAUCGGGGAGUUUCCUGACCAACCACUGCAAGACAGACAGAUGGUGAAUGCCAAGAUAGCCAACAGUAUGCUAAAGGACAACAACAUCCAGCCAUUUGGGAUGGACAGGGCCCUUUGCAGCGAUCUUAAGACUGCCGGAGCAGACCUCACAGACACGGAGGAUGGUGGGGACAUUAAAGUCAAUGGUGACACAAAAUCUGAGGAGGGUGGAUUGCAGCACCAGCAUGAAAAUGGACCACAGAAGGGAAGCGGACCACCAGAGGACGUUGCAUGCUCAGAAUGUCAUGGGCAGUUCACCAGUCUACAAACAUACAUGGAGCAUCAUUGCAAAGCCUCCAAAUUCUCCUCUCAGAACGAGAAUAUUGAAGAGUGCGAUACAGCUGGUGAGAGUGAAGCAGCUGUGUCGCUAAGUGGAGAUGAAAGUGAUCUAAGUGACAUAGAGAAUUUUGAGGGCGAGAUAGUUUACAGGCCCGAUGGGUCCGCCUACCUUGUGGACGGAUCGGAGCUGUCUGACAGUGAAAAUGCCCAGUGUGGGUCCAAGGAUCCACCCAGUGUUGUGCGGCAGCCUCUGACGGAUGCAGGCAACAUGUCGGCCUUCCCGGGAAUUGUGAACUCCCUGCAUGUACCUGCCUACAUGACCAUCGGUAAUCUGGCCCAGCUCAGCAUGGGCCAACUGGCCACUCCAAUAGUGCACAGCUUCCGCGUGUAUGAUGUGAGAACAAGCAAACAAAAGGACCAACUAGGCUCAGAGACCAAGCCACGGGAGGAGGAGCCGCAUUCCAUCAGUGAGAAUGCUGUGGAGGGCCAUGGUAAGCCCAUCCUCAUGUGUUUCCUGUGCAAACUGUCCUUUGGAUUUGCCAAAUCCUUUGUUGCGCAUGCCAGCAAUGAACACAAACUUACGCUGAAUGAGGAGGAGAGAAAGAUUAUGGCCCGUAAAGGCCAGUCCGCUAUUGUACAGGGUCUGGGAAAGGAGAAAAGCCCCCUGUUGUCCUUCCUUGAAGCCACUGCCAUCAAAUCGCAGCCCGGCCAUCAGCUAAACUUCAAACACACACCACCUUCCAGUGAAUACUUGCAAUCUGUAUUUCCCUCUGCCGCUUCAUCGGUUAGCUAUGUGUACCCUGUGAACGUCACCAUCAGUACUAGCUCCCCCCUCACUACCACUGUCACGGCUACCUCAACUUGCAUGUCACAACCAGGUAGUGUUGUGGCUGCCAAUGUUGACACUGUCCCUGGCUCUGGUACUGAUGGACCAAAUGCACCGGAUAAUCAAGCUCCGCCUGGUCUCCUAGCAAUAGCCAAAAGCGAGACUGACUCUGCAGGACCAAAUGAGAACAAUGUUGCAUCCCCUGACAACGAAAACAAUACCGAACAAGAGGAAAAUAAGCAAAGUGCUGAACAAUCUGAAAUACUCCACAAGGACCAUGCCUCUCCAGAGCAGAGCCAAUCCACAGGGACUGCCGAUGGAUCACUGCCAGUGGAAAAGGAAGCUUGCAAACUGUUGACUGAAACCACACAGGAAACUCCAAGUCCCAGUUGCCCAAUGAAAUACCUAGAGCCCAGGAAGGCAGACGUGAGACAGAGCCCCAGCCCAACCACCAGGUCUAACUGUCAGACACCCCACCAACAAGAGGCUGAAUCUCCUUACCCUGGGAGCUUAGCUGAAGAGAGCUCCUCCCCCCGCCCAAGCAGUCGUGACACCUGUACUCCCUCUGAUUGCUGCACUUCCAGCGGGAAAAAUUCCAGUAGUGUUGAGUGUCCCAAGUGUGACAUGGUCCUGGGCUCGUCCCGUUCUCUUGGGGGGCACAUGACCAUGAUGCACUCCCGAAACUCCUGCAAGACACUGAAAUGCCCCAAAUGCAACUGGCACUACAAGUACCAGCAAACCCUAGAAGCCCACAUGAAGGAAAAGCACCCGGAGAGCGAGUCCAAAUGCCCAUAUUGCGAGACCAAUCAAACCCAUCCUCGCCUAUCAAGGGGGGAAACAUACACCUGUGGAUAUAAGCCCUACCGCUGUGACAUCUGCAAUUAUUCCACCACCACCAAGGGUAACCUGAGUAUUCACAUGCAGUCCGAUAAGCAUCUAAACAAUGUACAAGAGCUGCAAAAUGGCAGUGACCAGUUAUUUAUGCACACCACCAAAGUAGGAGGGGAAAUGCCUCCGACACUGUCCUCAUCUUCAACCAAAGCCAAGCCCAAGCACACGUGGCGGUGUGACGUAUGCGAUUAUGAGACCAAUGUGGCACGCAAUCUUCGCAUCCAUAUGACGAGUGAGAAACACAUCCACAAUAUGAUGGCCAUCCAGCAGAACGUUAGCCAAAUGCAGCGGGAGAUGCAGACCAACCUGACCGGCUUCCAACCCGAAGAGUCCAUGUACAUGUACAUGGCCCAGAACAUGCUGCCCAUCAUGGCCCAGGGACCAGAGGGCAUGGACAUGCAGAGCAUGAUGAACUACAGUUACGACCCAACAGCGUACGCCGCUAUGAUGGGCAGCAUGGCCCUGGGUGUGGCCCCUGGCCCCGACCAGACCCGGAUGCAGGAAGAACAAGCCAUGGUCUCACCAGAUGACUUGCAGAACAAUGAACCGUUGAGGUUAUACCAGUGCUCUGUCUGCAAUAAGUUCAGCACUGACUGUCUGGGUGAACUGCAGCAACACAUCUCGCGGGAUCGUAGCGAACCAAAUGAGGAGCUGUGGCGCAUAAUCAUCGGGGACGUCCAGCAGUGCGCUCUCUGCAACUACACAACACAGGUGAAGGCCAACUUCCAACUCCACAUGAAGACAGAUAAGCACCAGCAGAAACUACAGCUUUUCAACCAUAUCCGAGAAGGUGGCAAGCAAAAUGAAUGGCGGCUGAAGUACAUGAACGUGGGCAACCCCAUCCAACUUCGUUGCAAUGCUUGCGAUUACUACACUUACAGCACUGACAAGCUUCACACACACACCCACAGUAGUAACUAUCGUCAUGAAACAAGCAUGAAGCUCUUCCGGCACCUGCAGAAAAUAAACAUCACCAUCAACCCUGAGUCCCGCACCUUCCACUGCCCUCUGUGUAACUAUUCCACAAAGGCCAAGCUCAAUUUGAUACAGCAUGUCCAGUCUUUGCAGCACAUCAAGAAUGAGGAAAAGUUGACAAAAGCUUCACCUAAGGAAGGGAUGACAGCUGAUGGUGCUUUAGAUCUCUCAAGGAAAGAACGACCAUCACCGACUUUUACUGCCUCUACAUCAAGGGACAAGGAUAAAGAGCAUGGAGAGCCAGAAGCCAAGCGUCCCAAAUUACCUCAGGAGAGUUCCUCAUCAGGGAGGUCGCGAGCAGAAUCCCGCAGCAACCCAAACACCACACAGAUAUAUUCCUGUCCUUAUUGUAAAUACAGCAGCAUUGAUCAACAGCGUAUAUCUGCCCACGUAGUGUCCCAGCACAGCAUCAAACCUCAGGCAAUUCUGCGCUGCCCGCUGUGUCAGGAAGUCUGCACCAACAAGAUCAAUCUGGAGGUCCAUCUCAUGGAUACCCACAGUGUCUCCCGGGAGUGCAUGCAGCGUCUGAUGCUUACCAGUGAGUGGGUGAUGCCGACUGCUACCAACCCUCCAGCUACCACACCGCCAUUCAUUCAAGGUACCAAUCCUGCGAUGGAAGCCUUGGCCCAAGCCGGCCUGAAACCAGCCCCAGCUGAGUCACCAGCACCACCCUCCGUGGAAACAGUCAAGAUGGAAUUGCAGGACAAGCCAGCACGGGAGUCUCCGGGGCCCUCCAGUGACACAGAGAGCACAGAUCUGUACCGCUGCCAGAAGUGCCAUCUCGUAUUCGCCAACAUUGAUCAACUCUAUGCCCAUCAGGACCAAAGCUGCCCCCUCACUGAGCAGGACACCCCAGGUGGACCAGGUUUUCUCUGCUGGAAGAAAGGCUGCAACCAGUAUUUCAAAACUGCCUCCGCACUUCAGAUGCACUUCAAGGAGAUCCAUGCUAAGCGUCAGCAGUCCGCCAGUUCCGAGCGCCACAUGUAUAAAUACCGCUGCACUCAAUGUAGUCUUGCUUUCAAAACCGAAGAAAAGCUGGGCAACCACAUGCAGUACCACCUGCUGCGUGCUGCCACUAAGUGCCCUGUGUGCCAGCGCAUGUUCCGCUCCGUCCCUGCCUUGCAAAAUCAUAUUGAGACAUCACAUCAGGAUCUGAGCAAUACCGAGUUGCUCCAGUAUUACAAUUCAGUGUCAAAUGGAGACAUGGUGCCAUCAUCUAAAUUGGUUGAGGAUUCCCCAAGCUGUGGCGAGGUUCCAAAUGAGAAUGAGCAAGUUGAUCCAUCACAAGAUGACAAUCAAAUGGAGGCAGAAUCUGUGGAUGGGACCAUCGACAGCUCAGACGCUGGAAAAGAUGAUACCGGUCGACAGGUCGAGACCCCUAAUAGCCAGGAAGUAGACAGUCUCUCUGAGGAUGGGAGUCAAGAUGGGAACAAGUACAUUGAUGAUGGUUCCUACACUGAUCCUGUUCGAAAAUACAAAUGCCACAGAUGUCGUUUGGGCUUCAUGCGUCAGAGUGAGCUAAGCAGCCAUAACAAGACAAUGACACAUCGUAAAGGGGAUCGUAGCUUGACUGCCUUUCAACUCCAGAGGUACUGGGACCCCAACCGCCCAUACAAGUGUGAUGUAUGCAAAGAGUCCUUCACUCAGAAGAACAUCCUAUUGGUGCACUAUAAUUCUGUCUCUCACCUUCAUAAAUUAAAGCAGAGUUUGAAUGAACCCACCGAGACAGAGGCAGCAGCUGAAACUGGUGAUGGGAAGCCCUACCGAUGUAACUUGUGUAAAGUUGCCUACAGCCAAGCAACCACACUGGAAACACACAUGCGCUCUGUUCUGCAUCAGAGCAGGGCAGCCAAGCAAGAGGUCCAAGGCACGAGUACCGAACGUGAAGAAUCCACUCCUGAACAGAGCAGCUCAGUGGAAAAUGGUGAACUUGGUUCUCCAAAGGUUCCAGGAUACUCAACCCCACAGCAGCAGGUACAGGAAAUGCAGGCUCAGCAACUGCAACAGGCACAGGCCGCCCAGCAGAUGCAGCUUCAAAUGCAGCAAAUACAACUCCACCAGUUGCAGCAACUGCAGCAGGCUCAGCUGCAGCAUUUCUUGCAGCAGCAAGGUAUGACCCAGAUUCAGUCUGAGGCUGCCCAACAGUUACAGGCAGAGCUAGCACUUGCCACUCUGGCUGGUUUCCCUCCUGGCAUGAUGCUGCAACCAGGGCAGGUGCUUCCUCAGCCCUGUGUCUUUAGCUGUAACAAAUGCUCGUCAGUCUUUGUGAGCCAGGAAGCACUCACACAGCACCAGCAGACUCAGUGCAGAAGUGUUCCAUCCUCUGAGAAUGCAACCACUGCAGCCACACCCCCAGCCACUCCAAAGCCAAGUAUUCCAGAGGCUUCCAUUAAUCAACAUCCAAGACGGACUCGCACAUCCCAGGUGCAGAGAAAGCUUCUGGAAAGUUAUGGGUUCGAUCUCGUCCAACAGUUUAAUGAAUUUGCUCAGGGUUUACCAGCCAGCAUUGCCCAAGAAGACAAGUUUUACUGCAGUGAAUGUUCCAAGGAAUUUUCCAGCAUCUUUGUGUACAAAGCCCAUCUAGAAGAGCUUCACAAGAAGGUUUUGACCAUCAAAGAAAUUGAGAUGUAUUCCAAGAAAUUUAAGGAAGAACUCUUAGAGAACAACAUUGAAGAUGAGAAGGAUAAAACAGAAAUGGAUAAGCAAGACAGAGAGGAUAAGCCAGGUGAGAAGCAGCUUGAGCAAAAUGGGGAAGUCAAAGAGGAACCCAACACUGAUGGGUCAACUCACACCCAGAUUUCAGAGGAUCAGCACAUUGCAGCUCAACUUGCUGCAGUGCAGUACCUUCAGCAGACGCAACAACAGGGCCAAAUGUCUGCUUCCCAGGCUAUGCCCCCUCCUCCCCCACCACAGAUGCUACUGCCCAGUGCAUUCCCAUUGUCUAUGAUGCAGUCCAUGCAGCCACUGUCUAGCAUGCAGAAUUUUAGCAUGAUGCAAGGGAUUACCCCCACUCAGGCCAGCAUGCCUGCCAUGCAGGCCGUUCAGUAUGUGGAUCCCAACUACAUGCAGAAAUCCCCCAAGCGUGCUCGCACACGCAUCACUGAUGACCAGCUGAAAAUCUUGCGGGCCUACUUUGAUAUCAAUAACUCUCCCACUGAGGAGCAGAUUGCAGAGAUGUCGCAGAAAUCUGGGCUGCCACACAAGGUUAUAAAGCACUGGUUCCGCAACACCUUAUUCAAAGAGCGGCAGAGGAACAAAGAUUCACCCUAUAACUUCAACAACCCUCCAACCACGACACUCCAGGAUGCAGAGAAAUCUGCUCAGUUGAAGGCCAAGCAAGAGGUGGCAGCAGCUCAAGCAGCCGCUCUAGCAGCUGAGCAGGCUGCAGCAGCUUGUGCAGCUGCUGCUGCAGCGGCAGCGGCAUCGGCCGCAGCAUCAGCUGCAGAGGCCAAGCGGUCCUCUCCAGCUCCCAUUUCGGUUAAUGGUGGUUUCAGCAACAGUAGAAAGAGGAGUAAAGGAAGCGGCAGUUAUUUCAGUGAAAGUGAUUCGUCUUUGUCAAUGUCAGCAUCAACCUCAAUACCUGUAGUGUCGCUACCAUCAGCAUGUGUGGCGCCACCUGCCUCAGUACCCUUUUCCACAGCCGCACUUGUUGCUGCUCCAACCACAGCCACUGCAGCACAUUCUUCACCUCCAUCUGCCCCAUCUUCUGCAUGUAGUUCUUCUCCAAAACCUGACACAAAAAAAGUAGACAUUAAACAGGAAUCCUCCCAACCAGAGCAGCAAAAGUCAUCCACACCGCCCCCAGCUGAUUCAGACACACACACUGCCUCAAAGAAUUUGCCCGUGAAAUCUGAGGUUCAUGUAAAGUCAGAAGAUUCUCAAAAGAAAUCCCCAGUUCAGAGGGACAGGGAGAGCAUAGCAAGUGUCAGUUCAGUGAAUAGUGUCUUCACAUCAGAACCACAACAGGGAGGUGUUGGUGGCCCAGUGACCACAACAUCUUCACCAACUACACCUACCUCAACCUAUUCUGAGCUGGCCUCCCCAAUACUCUCUCCCAUUUCCCCAGCUCCACAAUCUAUGCCAUCUGCUACCUCCCCAACGCAACGCUGCAGUGGUUCAGGGUCUAAACGCUCAGGCAGGACACGUUUCACUGAUUACCAGGUCAAAGUGUUGCAAGAGUUCUUUGAAAACAAUGCCUACCCAAAGGAUGAUGACUUGGACAACAUGUCACGAUUGCUCAAUCUAAGUCCUCGAGUAAUAGUAGUCUGGUUCCAGAAUGCUAGACAGAAAGCACGGAAGAUCUUUGAGAAUCAGCCUCUUGUGGAUAGUGGAGACUCUGAGGGUGAGGGAAGCAGUCGUUACAAACGAACCCCAGGUAUGAACUACCAGUGCAGCAAGUGCUUGCUAGUAUUCCAAAGAUUUUAUGAGCUGAUUCGGCACCAGAAGUUGCAUUGCUACAAAGAUGAAGAGGGUGGCAACCGCUCAUCAUCUCAGGUCAGUCCAACUAGGGGUCCAACCUGCACCUCACCCAUGGCCAAGAGCACAGCUAGCAGUACAAGCAGUGUCUCAUCUGAGACUGUGUUCACCAAGUCCGAAGAGAAGGUAGCCAAAGUAGAGGCUGAGCCCAAGGCUGAAUCUAAACCUUCUAGCACCAUGCAAGAGAAUCAAGGCCCUGUGGUACACUAUCAGUGUGAGAAAUGCAGCCUUGUCUUCCCCCACUUUGACCAAUGGCGGGACCACCAGCAGGUGCACAUGAUGAAUAUGGGUCUCUUUGGGAGCUACCUCCCGCAGCCCUACAACAUGAUGUAUCUACCCUACCCCGAAGCUAUGAAUGGUGUGACUCCAGAACAAUACUUGAAUUACCUGAGCAACAAGAAGGCCAAUGAGUCACCCACAAAAAGGAAGUUCUCUGAGACAAGCGAUGACAUUGUUGGACCCUCAACUUCUGAAAGUCCAGCUGACAAUGGUGACCAGCCAAAAGACAAGCGACUCCGUACCACCAUUUCACCAGCUCAGCUGGACGUAUUGUAUGCCAAAUACCGAGAGGACAGUAACCCUACACGGAGAAUGCUUGACAUGAUCUCAAAGGAAGUUGGGCUGAAAAAACGAGUGGUCCAGGUCUGGUUCCAGAAUACCCGUGCAAGAGAGCGCAAAGGGCAGUUCAGGCUCUCAGGGCUAAAUCAGAUGUGCAAGUGUCCUUUUUGCAGGGCACUCUUCAAAUCCAAGUCUGCACUAGAGGCUCAUAUCAGGACUCGUCAUUUUGAACAACAGAUCACCAACAGUCAGAUGGAAGCCAUUUUGGCUCAAAUGCCAGAAUGUGAGGAUACGGGAAUGCUGAGCCCCCAGUUUGACAGCACCACAGGCAACAACCCUUAUUCAACCAGUCCCAGCCUCUCCCAGGAUGGAGAACAUGCUGUGAAUUUGUCUUCCUCCCACAAGGAACGUCGUAAAGGGGAAGAGCUGAUAGUCAUUUCAGAUGAUAGUAGCAGCCAGGAUGGAGCUGACAAUGCCAAUGAGUCAGGGAAUUCUGAUGAGUCGGGAACCAAGCCCAGAGUCAGAAAUAACAGCGGGCAUGAUUCUGAGGGAAGUAGAAGAGAGCUGCCAAAACAGUGGGAGGGAACACCUUCCCGCAGUGGCAGUGAGUCAUCCCAGCUGCAAAUGGACGAAGAUAACAAGGAGUCUGACAUGCUCUCCCCCACCAGCAGUAUGGUUGGAGAAGACUUCUAUGAGAACACCCUGUCAGAGGCAGGCUCCAUGGAUAGGAGUGAGGAUUCUUUCAGUAAUCUAGAUGAAGGUGAGAGAAUGAGGAUGCGAGAGGCAAACAAGAGGUACCGCACACAGAUGAGUCAACUACAGCUCAAAGUGCUAAAGCACUGCUUUGCCGACUAUCGCACUCCAACGAUGCACGAGUGCGAGCUGCUAGGACAGGAGGUGGGUCUGCCAAAGCGAGUGGUGCAGGUUUGGUUUCAGAAUGCCAGGGCCAAAGAUAAGAAGUCCAAAACAGUUGUGACCAAGCAGUUUGGCAUGAUAGGCCCCAGUAGUGAUGGCACACCCGAAAUGUGCAAGUUGUGCGGGGUCAAGUAUUCCAUGUCUAUGUCAGUGAGGGACCAUGUAUUCACAGAGUUGCACAUCCGCAGUGUCAAAAAACACGUUGGUCAGGAGAUUGAGAAGGAUUCUGAGGAUAGUGCAAGAUUUUUGUCACUUCAGCAGAAGGUGCAUGGUCAGCAGUCUCAGCAACAGCAGCAACAGCAAUCCCUGCCAGCCAGCCAGCAGUUCCUCCCAGCAGCUGCUGCUGCAGCAGCAGCCCAUGCAAUGAUGCCCGCAGCUCUCAACCCAGUCACUGCGGCACAAAUCCAAACUAUCCAGGCCAUGCAUGCAGCACAGAUCAUCUCACCUCAGAUGGCCUCCCAGCAGAUGGCUGCAGUAGCAGCCGCUGCCGGCAUGCUACCAGGUUCCUCCGGGGGAUCCAGUAAGCAGGAAGGGAGGAAGGAGUUGGGCAUCGGUCAGGAGUCAAAAGAUGAAGAACAGGCAUCUCAGCAGGCUGCAGCAGCCCAGCAACAGGCAGCAGCAGCGGCAAUGCUGGCCCAACAACUCAACAUCCCAACGUCCAGAACAGAUCAAGCUUUAAUGUCCUACCUCUAUGGAAACAUGCCCCCUUACUACUCCCAGAUGCAAAUGAUGUACCCCUUCUACACUGGGGGCCAGGAAGCUGCCAUGAUGGCAGCCUAUGAACAGUCCAUGCAGGCUGCUAGCAUGCUCCCACAGAUGGCCCACAUGUAUGGUGCCAAUCCCCUAGCAGCUGCUCAGCUCCAAUCCAAGAGCACCGAGUCUGCUGUGCCCAAGUCCAGUGCCAGCAAGGAGCAGCAGGAGUCCACCUCCUUCCCUGGGGACAAAGACAGGCUAAUCUUGCGGCCAAAGUCCUCCACAAACCGAUACCUCUGCAAGAAGUGUGAGAAGGUCUUCACGGACCGGGACUCUGUCACUUCCCACCAGGUCACUGCCUGCUACCCAGGUCAGGUGGUCAACACGGAGGAGACAGUGGAGAAGCUGCCCUCCAACCGGUUCCUCUGCCUGGCCUGCCCCCGGGAAGUGCUGAUAACAGAGGAGGAUGUGAACAAGCAUCUUCAGUCAGGAGGGCACGAGAGGAACGCUGCCUUGAGACGUGCCAGCGGCAGUGGCAGCAGUAAGAAGAGUCAUAGCUCCAAGCAUCAUCGACACCAUCAAAGUAAGCACUGAGCGUGUUGAGAAAGUGUCAAGAAUUAUUGUAAAGUCAUAGAAUAAAUAGUGUAUGGGAGACUUAACAUGCACUGCACACCACUCAGCUCAAAUAAUUUAGUCAAAAAAGAACAGAUCAUGGUGGUUAUCAGUGCUUAUUAAUGCUAUUCUGAAAAGUAAAACUAUUUGAAAUUGAAAUUGAAUUAUAGUGCGGAAUUCAGAAUCAUUUGGAAGAAAUUAAACGGUAUUCUGAUGAUUUUUUUGUUUUUUUUUUUUUUAAUGAAAUUACGCAUGUGAAUUUCAACAAAAUUGCAAAUUAGAUUACAAGAAAAUGAGAUGUGGGUGAAUUUCGUAAGAUAAUACGAGCUGAAGUCUGUCCUAUAAUUUGUGAAUGUCAAAUAUAAAUUAUGCGUAAAUCACAUAGAACUGCCAAGCAUAUAUAAGCUCUUUUUAAGGACCAAUAUGAGUAAUUCUGUGUUAACCAGCUGCCCCACCUUUUCUUUUUUUCAUUUGAAUUCAAAGAAUGAUUUGAAAUUAUAACAUGCUGAUAUAUGCACUGUUUUUGUCAUCACCCACGGUUCUGGUCAGAGGAACAAUAUGAUACUUGAAUACACCUUAUGUUUUGUGCUACAAUGAUGUACAUAAAAGUUCAAAACCAUAAGAUGGUAUUAUAAAUGGUUAAGGAUGGUGAAUGUGACUGAUUUUGUAAAAAAAGAUGGUGCCUGUAUUUAAUUUGGAGGUUUUUUUACUAAACACUUGAUAGUUAAAUGUUCAGGAAUAAACUAAUGUGUUACUGUGGGAUUUUUUCCUUCCUGGGAUGGGACUGAAAAAUAAUUUUUUUCUGAACUAUGAAUACUUAGCACUGCGUCUUGCAUUUAUACCUGAUUGUGAAACAGUGCUUAAGUCGGUGAAAAAAAGAAAGGAAAAAAAACAAGCAACGAAGGAACUUACAGGAGGAGACAGUUUUAGCCCUUUAACUGAGAUGAAUCAGAGUUGGGUUAUUUCAUAUUAUGAAACUUGGGGGACGAGUUUCAGAAGGAAUGUGGCUAAAUGUUUUUGUUGAAUAGAAAUUUAAAGUUUUAGGUUUGAAGCUAAACAGAAAUUAUCCUGAGCUCUAUUCUCUCAAUUCAGGUGGUGACUCAAAGUCAAAAGAGCUAUAUAAUUUGUAUAAAAAGGGGGACACAAAAACGAGUGUGACAUUAGAGUAGCUCAUGAUGUGGAAUUCAUAAAAAUAUAUAUUACUAAAAAAAUAUUCACUGAUACUGUGUAGAUGUUUAGAGUUUGUGUGUGUGUAUAUAUAUAAGAUUCCUAUAUGUACAAUUAAAUAUAAACCAUAAGAGUGAAGUAGGUCACCCCUUCGUGUGAUAGCAAUCCCAGCAUUCAGUGGACCAUGGCAUUGUGAUGCCUGUAUUUAAUGAAAUAUAUUAGUCUAGAUUGAGCCAAUCAUCAGGUUUGCAUUGAUUGCAAAGAUAUAAUUUUGUCAGCCAUGCUUUUUUUCCAUCACUGUUAUUUUUCUAACAAUGUAUGAAUUUGACAAACUUAGAGUUACUGUCUUGUAUGGUCAUGGCCAUCUCUUGUUUCCUUGUAGUUGUAUGGGAGUGAAUGAAAGGAUAGUGCGUUCACUUGUGUAUCUGAAUUGAGUGAAGAGAAAGGUGGUAUAACAUGAGACCACGCAAGCCACAGAGCUUGGAAAGUUCAUCACCAUAAUCAGCGCUUGAUCCUCCGGGUUGGAUAAACAAGCGAGGCCUGAAUGGGUGCAUUUAACAGGAAUUUGUCCUGGGUGUCACACGAUACUUGCUACUGAUCGGUGAAGAGACAGUUCCCACUGUGGUUUCUGUAAACACUGGGCAGUUUAAGGGAGGGAACUUUAUCAAUGAUCCCAAUGUGUAUCAAGUUUUUAAUUAUUAGGGGGUGGGGGAUAAAAAAAAAGGGUGGAUGAUGCCAAUGUCCAAACAGGGUCUGACAAAUGGUCAGAUUUAUUGUAACCUGAGAACCCGUCGGACACAGCUAGAGUUUAAUUUCCUGUAGUUGCACUUGAAAAAUAAGAGAACAAAAAAUUGAUGCCAAGAAAAGUGGGGAAAAAAGUGGCAUGGUUUUGUGAAAUUCUAUCCCUCUGGUACAAUUAAAUAGACAUGUCAAUAGCCCAAAUGAAAUGGUGUAUAUCCUUACAGGGGUUUUCAAGGCAAAUAGAAUUAAGUUCAUGUUCUGAUGUUUUUUAGCUAGACAUGGUUAGACUGCAAAGAUGAUAAGAUGCUAAACCCAACCGAGCUUGUGAAGUCAUUAGUAUUUACAUAAUUCUCACAUUUUUGUGCAACCCAUGACUGCAAAGCAGUCAUUUGGUUGUUUUUCUGAGUUUCCUGUCAUUAAUAUUCAGAGACAAGUCAGUCAUGUUUGGUUUCUUCAUGUGGAUUUUUAUUUUUGAAAGAGCUGAUGUAUGGGCUGACACAGUGCAUUAAUGACCAAAAUAUCUUGUAGUUUUGUGAUGUAUUUUUUUGUUUUUUGUUCUUCCUACUUUCCUGUAAUCACAAGAAAAUUAUAUUGCUUGUAUGAUGCAUUUACUUUUUAAAAAAUUUGAUCCUUAAUGAGGUAGAUAUGUCUAAUUAAUGUUUGAAGUACUACAAUAUAAUUAAAAUAUCUAAAAGCAUAAUAUUGGACAUAGAGUAAGGUAAUAAGACAAAACGCACUCUACACAGACCAAUGCAUCACUGAAUUUUAUAGUUUGCCAGAUUGUCUCCAUAAAGAAAUGGUGCACAGUCUCCAUCAAAAAAUGGUGCACGAAUUGUAUUGCAGUAUGAAUAAUUAUAGAGUAGAGCCCACUGAUAUGGUGUUGAGACAACACAAAACAGCAACAAGUUUUCUAUGUAGUGUGUAUUUUUUUCUACUGCUGCUGUGUUGAUAUAUUUUAAAAAGUUGAUUUUCCCUGCCAACUCUGAUCUAAGGAGGAAAAAAAGCAGAAAGUUUGAAAAUGGCAAAAAUAGUUUUGAAGUUGUGUGGUCCCAGUAGGUAAUUGCUUAAAAGCAAGCUUGUCUGUCUUCUAGUGUUGUAUGUUCGUUGUACAUGGGAUUAAUCAUUGGCCAAAGGAGAAUCAAGAAAUAUGGAAAUAGCCUUUUCCAGAGCUUUUGAAACAAAACAAAAAAGUAGUUGAAAAAAAAUUAAUGUCUAUCCAGGUGUACAUAAUGUUAAAUGAUGGUUAAUAUGUAGCAAAUGUGGUGUUUUCUUAUUUUUUUAGUAAAAGAAACACCUUUAGAGGCCUGUUUGUAUGCAUGCCAUGUUUUAUAAUAAGCUUGAAGCACACAACGACCAAGUUAUCUGCUGAAUCCAUGCUUAGCUUGCUUUUGAACAAUGUACAUGUACAAUCUGGCGACCAAGAUGGUAUAUUUUACGCAGUGAUCUGUUGUAAGGAUCACUAAAGAUUAAUUAGUAGUUUUAUUUUAGGAGGGUCAAAAGGGGCGGGUUUUCUGUUGAAUGUUUUUGCUGUUUUGUUUUGUUAUUCCAUUUUGCAUUUUGCCUCCAUAUGGUGUAAGAAGGGAAGGGGGGCUGUGAUUGCUAAAUAUAUUGAUUUGUCUUCUCCCUGCAUGAUUGUAAAGAGGAUGACUAGUGUAAAUGUUGAAAGUGGACAUCAUGUUGGCUUCCAUUCCUGCCAGUCUCAACUGUGGAUGUGGUGGCCUCAUUUAAAUUGUAGGGUGGUGUUGAAAUUCUGUGAUUGUAAGCAACAAGAAAGGCACCAAAAAUAGAAGGAAAAUCAAAGGAACGUUUUUUCUCCUCACUUAGGCUAUGGUUGCUGGCCAUUAUUUAUGUUCUUUGAUGAUGAGUGGAAAUAUGACACCUUUGUGUAGUAAAAGAAUAUCACUGGAAAUGCUGAGAUAACAGCACAGGACAGUCAUUGUGUAGUAGCUAAGAAUGAAAUAUCUAUGUAGUAAUUCUCAGUGAUUUAUGAUCAAUGGAUUAAAUUCAAACAGAUAAAUCUGAAAACUUUAAUCAACUGCACCACACUGUAAAUAUGAUGUGCACAAAUGCCAAAUAAAUCUUUUAAAAAGAAAUAAACCGGCCAAUUAGCAGCACGGCACAUCACACGGAAUUGAAGACACGUAUUUAUACAUUUGAUGAUUAAUUUCGGUGGUAGUAAAAAUUAAUGAAAUCUGCAGAGCCAGUUGUUAUACACAAACAGUAAAUGUAAAGAGGACUCAAAAUCCAAAGAAAAUUAGAUUGACUCACAGUCGCUGCAAUUUUACUUUGAGACAGAAGUCUAAACUGUUUUUGUGUAUUUUGAGGAAUGCAACCAAGACUGUGCAGUGCACAACAUUUAGGUUCAAGGGGAAAAUGUUAUGCAUUCUGUUCAGUCAUUUCAGAAAGUGUUAAUACUGGUUUAUUCAAGCAUUUGGACAUUAAUUCAUUUAACACAAAAAAGCCUUGUGAACAACUGGUCGGGAAAACCUUGAAAUAAGUCGUUUGUAUGAUAUAUCACGUUUGUAUUGUUCUCACAAGUAGCUGUUUCUCGUAUACUGAGGCUUGGACUUGUCAAAUUUGAUUUGGUGUAAACAGAAAAGAAGUCAUUAAUAGUCGGUACGAAACCUUGGUGUAUUUAUGCACAAAUUAAACCUAGAUUACUGUAGUCUCCAAUAGCAUUUGUAUAAAAACACAGUACUGUUUGCUACUGUUCGGUGGACUAAUGCAAGUCUACCCUUUGUGUGCACUUGUGCCAAACUGUCAAAAAAAAAUUCGAGAAAGUGUUUAAAAAAAAAAAGAAAAAAUUGAUGUUUAAUACUAAGCGUGUCUUCUAUUUUUGUUUGGACAAAACAAAUUUUUUAUAUUCUAUAUGGGAUGUUUGUUACCAUAGCUCCUUGCUGCUCUGCACUCAACUUCAUUUGCUUAUAUUAUUUUCCUGCAUUUUUUGUACUUUUGUUAUGUUCAAGCAGUCAUCAAUAGUAUAUAUCUGAUUAUUUUUCAUUAUGGUACACAUAUAUUUAUCACAUGCCAGAUAAAUUCCUUCAGUUGUUUUUCCUCCCCAUUUGUUUAUAUUGUUUAUUCAGUUUUUGGUUAGUUUAAUUUAGUUCAUUGCUUAAUAAGUUUUGUAUUUCUGGUCAUGUGAUUAAACGUAAUGAGGUACUAAACAAGAA